UGGCCCUUCUCCUCCCGCGCAUGCGUGGAUGCCGCUUCCUCGCUCCCUCCGGGCGGGCCUCCCCGGGCGCCAACUCACUGCGCAGCCGCAGAGCCUGGCAUCCGGGUAUUUCCGAGGGGCGAGGGCGCCGACGUCAGAAAGGGGGCGUGCCCGGCGAGGCGGCCUUGUGCGAGGGAAAGGGCCGCAAAAUGGCCGCCAACGCCGCCGCCGCCGCCUCUUGUUCUUCCCCGUCGUCGUCGCCGUCGUCUUCUUCCGCGGCGACGGAGAGCAAGAAGGUGGCGGAGCUGCGCGUCAUCGAGCUCAAGUCCGAGCUCAAGCGGCGCAGCCUCGACGCCGGCGGAGUCAAGACGGUCCUCGUCGCCCGCCUCAAGCAGGCUCUUGAAGAGGAAGGCGGAGACCCAGAUAAUAUUGAAAUAGCAGUUUCCGUUGACACAGCAAACAAGAAACCGACCAAAGGGAAAGGUAAAAAGCAGGAAACGGACGAACUGAGUGGCGAUGCCUCGGUAGAAGAGGACUCCUUGGCCAAGGAGAGUGAAUUGGAAGCCAGUGAUCAGGAUGGAAACGAGGAGCUGAAAGACUCAGAAGAGUUUGCAGAGAACGAGGAGGAGUCCUCCUCGAACAAGAAGGCCGCCUCGCCUGCUGUGGACAAGAAGGAGGAGGCCCGUCCGGGGCAGGCGGAGAAGGACUCCCAGGACCAGGGCAAUAGCGUCCAAGAUGCGGAAGAGGAUGGCUUCACCACCCAUGAUGGCGAAGAAGAGAAUGAGAGAGAUAAAGCAGGUUCUGGUGAUGGUACACAAGAAGUAUCUAAGCCCCUUCCUUCAGAAGAGAGCCUCCCUGAGGCUCAAGAAGAGAUGGACGCUCACAUCUCUGUGAAAGAAGCCGAGGAGGAUAACAUUUCGGUCACAAUCCAGGCCGAAGACGCCAUCACUCUGGAUUUUGAUGGGGAUGACCUCCUCGAAACAGGUAAAAAUCUGAAAGUUACAGAUUCAGAAGCAAGCAAGCCGCAAGACAGGCAGGACGCCCAUGCGCCGGGCCUGGAGAAGGAGGAGGAGGAGGAAGGCCAAGACUAUGAGAUGACCGAGAACCAUAAAGAUGGCAAGAAGGAAGACCCCGGCGCCAGGGGGGACCCGCUCAAGAAGGAAGCUCGGGAGAGCGCGAAGAAGGCAGAACCUGGAGACAAAGACAAGGAGCCUUUGAAGAAAGGUCCCUCGUCUGCGGGGGCCUCUGGGCAAGCAAAGAGCUCCGCCAAGGAAUCCAAAGACAGCAAGACUGCCUCCAAGGAUGACAAAGGCGGCGGCAGCGGAGGCAGCAGCAGCUCCUCGACCAAGAACAUGUGGGUCAGCGGGCUCUCCUCCAACACCAAAGCGGCUGACCUGAAAAACCUCUUCGGCAAAUAUGGGAAGGUCCUGUCGGCCAAAGUGGUGACCAGCGCCCGGAGCCCCGGGGCCAAGUGCUACGGCAUCGUGACCAUGUCGUCCAGCACCGAAGUGGCCCGGUGCAUCGCCCACCUUCACCGCACGGAGCUCCACGGCCAGCAGAUCUCCGUGGAGAAAGUCAAAGGAGAUCCUUCGAAGAAAGAGCUGAAGAAGGAGAGCGAUGAGAAAUCUGGCUCUGGGCGGAGCGCUGGGGAAAAGAAGGCGGCCUCCAGCGACAAAGGCAGCAAGACUCCCUCCAAAAAGGAAGAGAAGAAGUCCGACAAGUCGGAGAAGAAGGAGAGCAAGGACUCGAAAAAGCCAGAAGGUAAAGAGGAGAAAAGUGACAGUGGAUCCACCGGCCCGGCUCCAGAGCCCGCUCCUAAAACGCCUGAGGAAAAGAAGCGCAAAAGUGUCAAAAGCCCGAGUCACAUGGUGAUCCUAGACCAAACCAAGGGAGACAAAGUCCACACCAGGCCCAUCAGGAGAGGCAGGUUCGAGAAACCACCGAUGCUGCGAAACAAAGAGCGCUUUCUUCAGGGCAAGAUGUUCAGAGACUACCGAGGCCGGAAGGACAUCGUGCCCUUUGAGAAGAUGAAGGAGCAGCGCGCGAGGGAGCACAUCCUCCGCCUUGAGCGAAUACGGCGGGCCGUGGAGCUACGGAGGCGGAGGGAGAUGGCCGAGCGAGAGCGGCGUGAGAGGGAGCGCAUCCGGAUGAUACAGGAGCGAGAGGAGCGGGAGCGCCUGCAGAGGGAGCGGGAGCGCCUGGAAAUCGAGAGGCAGAAGCUGGAGCGCGAGAGGAUGGAGCGGGAGCGCCUGGAGAGGGAGCGCAUCCGGAUCGAGCAGGAGCGCCGCAAGGAGGCGGAGCGGAUCGCUCGCGAAAGAGAAGAACUGAGGCGGCAGCAGCAACAGCUUCGCUACGAACAAGAGAAGAGGAAUUCCUUGAAGCGGCCUCGGGACAUGGAUCACAGGCGGGACGAGGCCUACUGGAACGAAAGCAAAAAAAUUGCCCUGGACAGCGGGGCGCGUUUCAGCCAUGGGUCGGAAUACAACCGUCAGCAGAACCGCUUCAGCGACUUUGACCACCGUGAGAGGGGACGAUACCCGGAGGGGUCUGCUGUCCAGUCGUCCUCCUUUGACCGGCGCGAGCGCUUUGUCAACCAAGGCGAGGGCAAGAAGGCCCGGCCCGCCGCCCGCCGCGAGGAGCCCGCCUUCGAGAGAUACCCCAAGAGCUUUGGCGAUUCCCGUAGGGAGGCCCCCCAGCCCCGAAAUGAGCUGCGGGACGGCGACCGGCGGGAGGUGAGGGGCGACCGGGACGAGCGCAGGACCGUCAUCAUCCAGGAGAGGCCCGAGAUGCCCCACGGCCGGCACCCCAGGGACCCCGGGGGGCCCAACCCCCCUCGGCAGAGCUCCUGGAAGGGCGAAGCGGGCAUCAACCCCGACAAGCGCGACGGCAGGGAGAGGCCGGAGAGGCCCGGCCGAGAGGUCUCUGGGCACGCCGUGCGGAGUGCGCCCACUGGGAGCCGCAGCAGCGCCUCUGGCUACGGGAGCAGGGAGCCCGAGCGCGGCAUCAUGGAGCGCGGCAGCGGAGGACAGCAUUACAACGAAGACCGCCAUGUGGUUGAGCGGCACAGCCGUGACGGCGGACCAAGGAAAGAGUGGCACGGGCCCAGUUCGCAGGGGGGCAACUACCACGACGCCCGGCGGAUGGGCGACAGCCGCGGAGGGGGCGGCAUGAUGUCCCCCCAUUCCAGCAAUUCUUCACCUAUCAACCGAGUUGUACAGAUGACUGGCAAUUCCAUGUCAAGGGGGAGCGGGUCGGGGUUCAAGCCCUUCAAGAGCGGGCCCCCACGGCGGUUCUGAGCACCGGCACCGUCUCCCCGUCCUUCCUUCCUUCCUUCCUCCCUCCCUCGCCCCUUGGUUUCAGGAUAACUUAUUGGAAAUCUCUGGUGAGCAAGCCUUCGUUCAGAAAAACCUUUCUUUUUUUAAGCGUAAUUCCUUUCCUCUCUCUUUUGGAGACAGUUCAACCAAUCGGGCUCUGGAUCAUUACUGUACUUUUUUGGGUGAGCACCCCCCCCCCCCCCCCGGCAGCGCUGGUGCUCUGGAACAACAUGGAGCAAAAACACCUGAACGCUUGCUUGUACAGAGAGCCAGAGAAAGAGAGAGGACUUAUUUUGCAUCCAGUAGUUUUAACUUGACCAGCCGUAGUUCUGUGGCGUCGGGCUUUAAAAAUUAGGUACUACUCUCCACAAAACACACCGAUAACGGAAGCUGCGCACCACCGGCUUUAUGACGUGUAGAAUACAAGGUUGGUUGUCUUGUUUCUGAGUAUUAUGUAACCUAUUUUUGCAGAAGUUGUUACACUGAGUGGAUCUGUAUUCUGGCCAAUGUAACCUUUUGAAAUAAACCUUCAUAAUCCUUA